GUCGCCGACGCCCUGUCCACGCCCUUCGUGGGCAAAGAGGCGGACCGCACCGACGACCUGGCCUUCUGCGCGCGCUACGGGCGGAGGAAGUCGUGGCACUUGGCGGGUACCAUAUGCGUGCUGUGUGCCUUCCCGUUCAUCUUCCUGGGUUGCCUCGGGUGCAGCGGAGCCAGCGACUGGGCGCAGGUGGUCUACUACGCCCCGUUCGUGGUCAUCUUCCAGUUCUGUGGGCUGGCGUCGACGCAGAUCAGCCACCUGGCGCUCAUCCCCAACAUCACGCAGGACCCCAAUGACCGAACGGAGCUCAAUGCCAUCAGAUAUGCAUUCACAGUGGCAUCGAACAUCACAGUCUACCUUGUGACGUGGCUAGUCCUUGGGCUUGAAUCCCAAGACCCCGAGGCAGGCAUUGGGCCCAGAGACAUCAACAAAUUCAGAUACAUAGUCUUCAUCGUUUUGGCCAUUGGUUGCCUGUUUGUCACCCUGUUCCAUGUAAUGGUGAAGGAAGACAACUUGCCAGACUAUGCCACUUGGCAAAGGGUGGCCAUAAACAAUGCAGAGGCCUCGGAACCUUCUCAGGCUGAAGGAACAAAUGUGGCUUCUUCAUCUGCCUGUGUCCCGGUUCACUGCCGGAUGACAGCCACAGAUUGGCUGAAGGAUAGACAGUUCUACCAAGUGGCCUUCCUCUACAUGGGCACAAGGCUUUUCUGCAAUCUGACACAAGCUUAUGUCCCCAUAUACUUGCAAGAUUCCCUUCACCUGUCGGAGGAAUCUGUGGCGUACAUCCCCUUCAUGUACGUGUCAGGGUUCCUUACCACCAUGAUACUGAAAGCACUCAAUAAGUUCAUUGGAAGGAAGGCGUCCUUCAUCCUGGGCACCCUCAUAGGCGGAGCAGCCUGCAUUGGCAUCUGGCUCGGAGAGGGGGAUGUCUACUGCAAGUACCUCCUUUACGUGGUGACUGCCAUGCUAGGGGCAGGUGGCUCCAUCAUGCUGAUCACGUCCCUUUCCAUCACGGCAGACCUCAUUGGCCCAAAUAUUGAGUCAGGAGCUUUUGUCUAUGGUGCCAUGAGCUUUACAGACAAGCUCUCCAAUGGGAUAGCCGUUAUGUUAAUCACAAACCCCAUUAGAGCAUGUUGUCCAAUGUGCUCUAAAUAUUACCGCGAUAUCCUCUUCUACUGCUGUGGUGGAGCUGCAGUCCUCGGCCUCCUGGCACUUCUCACUCUCCUGCCUGUCAAAAUAGGUGAUCGCUCAAAAGCAGGAGACUCGGCCACACCCACAGCUGACUCGAGCAGUAGAAGCAUAGAGGAAGACACCGUGGGGAAUGCACCUGCCUGUAUCAAAGCAGACAUGAGCACAGUAGCGUGUGUAGGGCCUGCAGUCAGUACAAUGGCUGCAGCUGGAGUAGGACCAGGAAUGGGUGUUUGUGGUGGCAGCACCUCCUCAGCACAAGGUGAAGGUAAGGAGUCAGAAAAAACAUCUUCAAACACUAAGGAUGUGCCCAUAGGCAAAAGUCCUGCAUGUGCCAAAGCAGAUGUUAGCACAAUAGCAUGCGUGGGACCUGCCAUUAGUAUUAUGUCGGCUGCUGGGGUGGGGCCUGGAAUGAGUGCGUGUGGUGAUAAAAUGUCUUCUGUUACUGGAGAUGGAGAAUACACAGCUGUCCCGAACUCAGUUGUGAGGGUUAGAGUCCGAACACACUCAGUAAGCAGUGAUGAAAGUGAUAAUGUCUCCAGAGCUUAAGAAUGUGAUCAAUAUUAAAUGUGUAUAAAACCAAA